UGACGAUCAAUCUCUUUUCAGAGUCAAAAAAUUACGUUUUUCGGACUAGUUAUACUUAACUAAAUGAAUUCUCAGUAAGUGAUGAAAUACUUAUUUUGUAAAUCCAAACAAUUUAUUAAUUUAAUCCUCAAAAAAUGAAAAACAAUUAGAAGGAAGUGUCUAGAAGACAAUGCUACAGAAGGACCCGCAUCAAAAAAGUUUUUUUUUUUUUUUUUUUAUGGAAUAACCAGUUGAAAGAAGAAAAAUGUCAUCCAGAGGGAGACACAUGCUGCACGCUGGCUGAUAACAGCAUGAAAAAAUCUAUUUUCCAUUUCGUGGCAGUAAUGAUCUUUUCAGCCAAAGUGAAGACCUGCACUUUAGCCACCGCGGGGAGCCACAAAGGGCCGCUCCGAGCCUCAUCAGAACUCUGGCUUUCUCAACGUCCACUACUUGCCUCAUUCUCUGCUCCCACUUCUCUCUCUUUACUCUAUUUUCAGGGAAAAAUAGGGGUCAUGACCUCUUCAGGUCCCAAAUGAUAUUUAGUUUCUUCCAUAACGGUCGGAGGAGAAAAAUUAACCUGCGCUCAGAUCCAGAGAAUAUGAGUUAUUCUCAAGAACCUCUCAUUGAUACCCCGAAACAAUGGCUAUAUCAGCUGGCAAUUGGACCCUAUAGAGUAGGAGUAGGAGGGCCGGCGUGCACAUUUCUGUGGCAGUUUGAGUAGUGGUCGAAACCUCAGCUGGGUCCCUUUUGUGCCAACACGAAACAAAGGAGUUGAAAGGCCCACCGGUUCUGCAGCUGCUAUAGUUUUGGAAUAAAUGGAGUGUCAAGCGGUUCUGGGCAGAAGAAAGAAUUAUGGCUGGCAGUGACAAACCCACAAAGAACUAUAGAGCGGGAGUUCAUGGAGAGGUUGACCUUUUAGCCGUUUUAGUGGCUGCUGUUCUCUCAUUUGCAGAAAUCCCCACGUGCAUCAAGCAGCAAACAAGUUCUGACAAACAAUCUGAAGCAAUGUGCAAUUCCCCACUGAGGAGGUGGAGGAAAAACAAAAAUUGGCAUUAAAACUCAAACUUUCAUCGGAUAAACAACAUCUUACUAUAAGACAAAUAAAAAAUGACUCCAUCUGUGCGUUCCUGGAGAGGCAUGACACAUGGAUAAGGACAGACUGAUCAUGUGCACAAGGCUCGUCGUUCAGAUGUCCUGUCAUAACAUGCCUGUGCAUGCGUCAGCGUGCGCGCUGCCCAUGUCUGCGCUCUCGCCUGCGUCUUGCAGCUCAUUUGGUUUGAUCGACGCAGCACUCUUCCAGAGGAGAGAGGCGCAGGGCAGGCGGCGGGCUGACACAGUUCACAGCUCCCUCAGUCACGCUGCCCCAGCCGGGGAUCUCUUCCUUCCUCCAAGAGGCAUGCGCAUCUGGAUCGGAGAGUUUCCCGGGGACAGUUGUUACGCGUCGCGGCGCUGCGCAAUCCUCUCCGCGUGCUCCCGCCCUCACAGAGGAAUAUAACACAACAGCCCAAAGACAGUUGGGGUGUAUUUUUUGGGGGAGAGAAUGGCGGGCGCAAAGCGCCUUUUGAAAACGCCGAGUAACUUCCAGUCGUCUGCCAUGUUUGAAGCUGCGGAGUGUGCAGAGGUGGAGGGACGCAGCACCGACAGCACCCUGGCCUCAUCCAUCAGCGCCUGCAAGAAGGUUCUGUGCAGCAACAGCGUGCUGGACUCGCCCGAGUACUGGCUGAGGAAUGAGAAGGCCUUGUGCAGACUGGGCCUGAUGGAUAACGACGUGGAGGGCAGCUGCACCAUGAUCUGUUUUGUGACUUUGGACUCUCAGAAAACGGACUGUCGGGAUGAGAAAAGCAUGAAGAAAUUGGCAUCAAUGUCUCCAGACUUGCCAAAGCUCGUUGAAUUGCUGACUCUCCAUCAGCCAAAAGAAAAUGAAAUUUUACUGCUCGGGGGCCUUGAAGCUCCCGACUGCAGCCAAACACACCCACAGUCUCCCCCGCAGGGUGGGCAGCAGAGAAGCACAGGUGUAUGCCUACUACAGUGUUCGGGGAAGACACGCCUGGCGCCCCCUGCCAGCAUCAUCUCUGAACUCAACAAGGUCCUGAUGGGGAUGCAGUGGGGGAGGGAGCGGCAGCUUCAUCAGGGCCGAGCCGUCGGACAGAGAGUUGAUGAUGACACCAACCGAUCCAUCUCGUCAAUUGAAGAGGACUUCCUGACGGCCUCGGAGCACCUCGGGGACGACAGCGAGGAUGACGGCUUAAGAAACGAACCAGAAAGCAGAGAACUUGGAGAGAGCUCAGCUGAGUCUGCACAGAAGACUUGUGUCCGACCCGCAUCUCAGCGGGUGGCGCUGGCAACUGAUCAGAACCAGGUGGAUGCUGACACUAAAAGAGAAGGUUCUCCACCAGCCAGCAUCCAUAGUGAGGAAUCGGCUGGUCACUAUGCCACAAAUUUGGCUGAGUCAGUACUACAAGACGCCUUCAUCCGGCUCUCCCAGGAUGAGACCUCCUUCGUCUCAGAGGCAGCUGUCAGUGUGUCCUUUUCUACCUGCCCAUCCAGCCGGCCCCGUCCCUCCAUGACCAAAAAGCCUUCACAGCAGCGCACCUGCUCUUUUGAACUCCCCAAAAUCGUCAUAGUUCAGAGUCCAGACAGUUCUGAUGUGGUUUCUGAAUGGCCAGAAACACAGGUGUCCAAUGUACGGCACCAGGAUGGUCCAACAAGAGCUGCAGAAAUGCCUCAAAAGGAGGUCCAGUCCUACGUUCUCACCCAGAAUGCGGGACACAAACGUGUGGAGGUGGCUUUGGCCAGCGCUGCCAGCAUUAUUGGUACUAUUGCUAACCCACAGCUGACGGAAAAACUGUCCCUUGAAUCUGCCUCAGAAGAAAACACAGAAGAGGACGAGCAGGGCACCACAGAGCAAGGAGACUACAGUGUCUCAUCGGCCAUGUGCGGCAUGGCUCAGGUCGCUGGAGCGGUGGCAGCUGUGGAGCUCACGAAGGAGACGGAGGAGUGUGGCGAUGCAGAUUCCACUGAGGUCUACACAGCCUCACAGGGCCUGAUGUCCGCCGCGAAAGCCUCCGCAGCCUUACCGCUGCACUGCAACGUGGCAGAGGGCACCAGCGUGGAAGCGUUUCGCGCCAACAUUGCUGAAGUGUUGCACAGGGAAGCAGCUGAAGUCCUGACUCAACCUCAAGGGUACAGGAGUGUGGCACACCUGUUGGAGACCACUCACAACAAGAUAGUGGAUGGCAUUACAUGUCCGAGGAAAUACUGCCUGGAUGAAAGCGAGGUGGAUGAUGUAAUAAAUGAGGUGGCAGACAGCCUAUUCAAGCACGCUUUAGAGAAGGCAAAAAAGAAAAAAGAGCUGGAAGGAGCUGGAGGAGAAGUUCAAAACCUCCAGGUUUUUCUCCAGGACAGUAUAAACACCUUGCUCUUUGAUAUUCUCUGCCUGACACAAAAGAAAAUCAGCCACGUGUCCAGGUGUGGCCAAGAGUCUGACGAAACACAAGCAGGAGACGCUUGUGUGGAUGAGCCGGCGACCUCAAAGGAAAGAAGGUGUCCACUGGGUCAGUUACAGCGGUUAGGUUCCCUCGGUCUCUCCAUUAGUGGCGAGAGCCUGAUCAGUUCUGAUAAGCCUCCAGUGUUUCAGAGCCUUAAGGAUAAUCAAAUGCUGGAGGAAGUUUCUGUUCAGUUCAAAGAGAAGCAGCCCCAGUUGUCAUGCAGGCAGAGUCUGUGUCAACUCAAAGACUUUUCUGACAAGCAGCAAAGCAUUAGUGCCAUCAGAGAAACAUUAAGUGAAAUCCCAGUGAACAGCGUAGAAAGGAGGGCUCGACAGGCCUCCUUAACCCCACAGUCUUCUCUGAACUCAUGCAGUUCUCUGUUUACGUUGAGGGGGGAUUCUGAUUCCAGGACACCCAUUUCUUGCUAUGCUGAGGAUCUGGCUUCCACUGUGGUCUCUAUGGCCACAGAACUGGCCGCAAUCUGCCUGGAGAACUCCACUGGGAAGCAGCCGUGGUUCUGUGCUCUCAAGGGGACGUCUGCUGAAGGCCCAGAGCCCUACUUGAUGCCUGCUUGCCGCACAAUGCUCAGGAGAAAGGAAGCCCAAGGCCCCAAUGCGGCAUCUAGAAAGCAUCGAGCGCCACGCCUCAGUGAGAUUAAGAAGAAAACCGAAGAACAACCUGAGCUGAUGGAGCGGCUGGUGAACCGGGUGGUGGACGAGUCCAUUAAUCCUGAUGAGCCGCAGGACCCUUUUGCCCUCUUUGCCUCUGAAGUUACAGCCAGGAUCAUGAACUGCCCUGAACUCAAUGUGGUGGACACCUCCAAAACCGGCCAGCAGCGCAGCAGGCUGCAGUGCGAGAGGUGGAGCCGCGGGAAAGCAUCCAGCUACGAAAGCAUUCCAGAGGAAGAGGCGGAUCCCGCUGGCACGUCCAACACCUUAGGUCCUGGUUGUCGGUUAGGACAGAAUUUAAGCCGAGGUAGCUCAAUCUCUAAGCAGUCCAGCUGUGAGAGCAUCACAGAUGAGUUCUCUCGGUUUAUGGUUAACCAGAUGGAGACCGAAGGCAGAGAGUUUGAUCUGCUGCUGGACUACUAUGCUGGGAAAAACGCCAGCAACAUACUGGCUGCAGCCGUGCAACAGGCAGCAACAAAGAAAAACGGCCACCUCAAUGUCAGAGCCUCAUCCUGUUUGUCGAAGCAGUCCAGCACUGAAAGCAUCACGGAGGAGUUCUACAGAUUCAUGCUUCGUGAUAUGGAUAAGGAGAACAAAGAAUGUGGCAUCGCCAAGACAAAAGAGUGGAACAACAGCCUUUUCCCGCCAUCUCCCAGGACACCCUUCUGUAUACGACAGUCCUCUGUCCCUGACCGGCGGUCCUCAGACUCACGACUGACUGUGAACUCGCCCAUAAAAGCCAACUCUUUUGAUGGAUUUGCUCGCAACGUGCACGGAGACACUCUGAAUAUCUACCCCUCCUGCUCGGUGUCAGCUGCAGGGCUCUGUAAGUCAGACUCCUGCCUCUAUCAGAGGGGGAAAACGGACCAGAUGACAGACAUGCUGAUCCACGAGACCUGGUCGAGCUCCAUUGAGUCGCUAAUGAGGAAAAACAAGAUCAUUGCUGAUCCAGAAGAUAGCAUUGAGUCAGAAGCCUCAGGAGACUCCCAGAUCCACGUGCAGCAAUUUGCCAAUCGACUGGCAGCUGACAUCGUAGACAGUGGCAAGUCUGCGCUUGGUGGCCAACAAGACGCAAAUCCUGGAAUAUCUGCGUCUCAUCCACUUCUGCCCACUUCGGUUGGUGAGAGGAGACGGGGCUUCAAACAGUCGCAUCUUUCUUGCAGUCGAAGCAGGUCCAGCCAGGAGUACCCCGGCAGUAGAGUUGGUUCUGUGUCGGGGGACUGCAGUCUACCGUGCAUGAAGGGACCAAGGGAGGUGCCUCUAAUCCACAUAGAGGGAGAUCAGAGGGUUGAAGAAAGUUUAUCCAACUCUGAAAAAACUGGAGGAGAAGCUCAGGAAACAUCCACAGACAUCUUGCAUAUGGAGAAACCUACUGCCAACCGCAACAGCAGUGAGAGGGACAGGCCAGCUGUGGCGGUGGCUGCAGCAGCGAAGAGGGACAAGCGUUCAAUGAGUGCUAGCAGUGAGGAGAGCAUGGGGAGCUGGUCUCACAUGACCCCCGAAGAUGACCCCCACGAGGAAACCAGUAGUUUUAUCCAGCUGAGUGAGGGGAACGGGACCAGCAGCACCUCCAGCCUCGGCGGGGCCGAUCUCGAAGCUUUUACUGACGUUCCAACCCAGAGCACAGUCAGCAGUGAGAUCACAGAGAAAGCCCACCCACCUGGAUCCAAAGAGAAGCUUUUUGAGAUCAGUUCAGCAAACGCCGCCGGCAUCAGCAGCAACCUCCGGGAGCUCUUAUUGGUCAACUGUGACUUUGAGCAGGAAUGUGUGGACUCAGAACUCAGAGUGACCCUCCAGUGGAUCGCUGCGUCUGAGCUGGGCCUCUCCGUCGUCUACUUCAGGAAGUCCAAGGAGGUCAACUUCUCAAAGUUCCAGAGGGUGGUCCACCUGAUGUCUCAGAAGGCGUGGCGAAUCGCAGAUUUGUUUGGCGCUAUUGUUCAGUUCUGUAACUUACACGCUAACAAGGAGGAGGCGGAGCUGCCUGUCCAUACCAGCCUGUUUGACUGGCUCCUGGAGACCCUUUAGAGCCAUCCAACCUCUUUUUGACUGCGAAGAAAGCCACACAUUCUCCCACAUUUGUUACAAGCUCUUUGCCCCAUCGUGUGUCAUCAUUGUGUCACCAAGAUGAAAGCACAACGUAGUCAGACAACCUGAAAAAUUCAUACAUCUCACAUGGUUUGGAGGGGGUAGAGCUCAAAUUGGACGGAUCUCUGGUCAGAGAAAGCAUGUUUCAGUGCAGAUGUCAUUCCAGAUCAGAAAUAUUGUCACGGUUAGCUUAUUAAACAAGGAAAUGAAGGAGCCAGUCCUACAACAUUUAAUAUCAACAACUGUCUUAUAGAUGUAGCUCAGAAUAGAGCUCCAAAAAUGCCUGGUCACUUUGUUCUUUCCAUUAAAAAAUGUGUUCACUGACCAUCAUACCACCUCUACCGUGGCUUAACAUUGAAAUAAGUGUGUGACUCUUGUUUAUUAAGAAUAAAUUAUUUUGCAUAGCUGUAAUGUAAAUAGUGUAGAUUUGGAACUGCUGCACCUUGAAAUAGUGAACUGCUCUCUUUAGCUUUUAUUAUGUCCAAAAACAGAGUAAAGUUUGUAACGUUGAAUUUGUAAGUGGAAUUGUUCUGUCUAUUUCUCUACUUAGUGGUAAUCUAGUGUUUCAUCCGCAUUGGAAGGGGGGAAAAAGCACACAACUCAACUGUAAACUGUGUCGCAGUAGAACUGAAUGUAUUUAUCUUUUGACAUCAAUAAAUGUGAUGUGAAGCUCGA